GAAUCAAAAAUGACUAAAAAAGAAAGAACAAAAGAUGCUGGAGUGGAGCAUAUCUUGCUUUCAUUGGAUAAAACUGACUACUUGUGGUCAGUGUUUAGCGAUGCCAUAGCCAAAUAUUUGCCCAAUAUUCAAGUUACUUCAGACAUGACAAUUUUGAAAAAUAAUAGAGAUAGCAAGAUUUUUCAUUAUGGAGAUUAUGAGUUGUUGGAUUUUGAUCAGAUAUUGGAAAAUAAGAGGUAUUUGAUUUGCUCAUAUAUUUAUAGAAAGGCUUUAAUUAGAAAAAACUAUUUAAAUCUCACGACACACUCUUACAUUGUCAAGAAUCCCGAUUCAAUUUUGAAGAAAGCAAUACCAGAAACAUAUAAUUUGGAGAUUGAUUACGCUGAAUUUUUAGAUGAAGCAUUGGAUGAUUCAUACGAAUUGAGGGAUGAGAUUAAUUUAGGAUUAAAGACAUGGAUAUUGAAACCUAGUAUGAGCGAUAAAGGGCAAGGUAUUCGAAUUUUUAAGACUAUUAAUGAAUUACAAGAGAUAUUUAAUUCAUUUGAAGAAGACGAGGAUGAAGAUGAGGAUGAGGAUGAUGAAGAAAGUGAUAAUAAUGGAGUGAUAACCUCUCAAUUGCGUCAUUUUGUUGUUCAGAGGUAUCUAACUCUUCCAUUGUUACUAAAGUCGUAUAAUAAUAGAAAAUUUCAUAUUCGAACUUAUGUUUUAUGUCAAGGAGCACUUAAAAUAUAUGUUUAUAGAAGAAUGUUGAUGUUAUUUUCAUCGAAACCGUUUGAUGUAGAUGAUAGCGAUUUGUCUUCGCAUUUGACCAAUACCUGUUUUCAAAACGGUAUUGUUGAUAGUAUUGGGAGUGGUGAAGGUAAUGAUAAUGAUAAUGAUAAUAGCGAUAAAUUGGUUGAGGAAUUUUGGAAAAUGGAUGAUUUAGAAUUAAGCAAAGAAAAAAAGGAUAAAAUUUUUAAUCAAAUUUUAAAUAUAGUUGAAGAGUUAUUUAGGGCAGCAUUGAAUGUGAAUCGAUUAAAUUUUCAACCGAUUUUAAACGCCUUUGAAUUUUUCGGAUUAGAUUUUUUAAUUGACGAAGAGUUUAAUGUUAUGUUAUUAGAAGUCAAUUCAUAUCCUGAUUUUAAACAAACCGGGGACGAUUUGAAGGAUUUAAUUAAUGGAUUGAUUGAAGGUUUGUUUAUAAAAGUUAUAGUUCCAUUUUUCAGCAAUGAAAAGGCAAAAGAAAUGGGCGAUUCAGGUGAUACAAGUGAUUUAAUUAAAGUUUAUGAUGAACCAAUUUAUGGAAACUUCUGA